AGUUGGGGCUCUUUAUUGGGGAACUUGCAAGCAGCCAUUGGAGCCUACUACGAUUUCGAGAGUCCAAACAUCAAUGUGCCCUCCAUGUCCUUUGUUGAAGACGUCACCAUAGGAGAAGGAGAGUCUAUCCCUCCUGAUACCCAGUUUACAAAAACAUGGAGAAUACAAAACACAGGGACAGAGGCGUGGCCACCAGGGGUUUGUCUAAAGUACGUCGGGGGAGACCAGUUUGGCCACGUAAACAUGGUGAUGGUCAGGUCGCUAGAGCCCCAGGAGAUUGCAGAUGUCAGCGUUCAGAUGUGCAGCCCCAGUGCAGCCGGAAUGUAUCAGGGACAGUGGCGCAUGUGCACUGCCACAGGACUGUAUUAUGGAGAUGUCAUCUGGGUGAUCCUCAGUGUGGAAGUUGGAGGACUUCUAGGAGUAACGCAGCAGCUGUCAUCCUUCGAAACAGAGUUCAACACACAACCACAUCGCAAGGUAGAAGGAAACUUUAACCCGUUCGCCUCACCACAGAAGAACAGGCAACCAGAUGACAACAACCUAAAAGACCCUGGGGGUUCCGAGUUAGGCACAAUCAGCAAAAACACGUGGGGGCCUGCUCCUGACCAAAUCGAACAAGAUCAGAACGGACUGUCACAAAACUCUGUAAAUCUCUCCCCCAGCAGUCACUCGAACAACUUGUCAGUAGUGACGUACAGUAAGGGUUUCCACGGUCCUUAUCCCUUCGGACAGUCUUAAAAAUCAAAAAACGGGUAUCGACAAGAGGAGAAUUUAACAACUGACUUACGGGGGCGGGAGGGUGGUUCUAAUGGCUUACUGAAGACACAGCAUGGACCCCCCCCUUCUCUGCCUCCAUGUCCUGGAUAACGAAGAAAACAAUAACUUAAGACUAGUUGUUUCCAGAGGAAAAAACAAAACUAAGUAUGCAUGUGUGAAUGCUGAAUUUUCAGGAGUGCUGUUCAAUGCUACAAGAAAGAAAAUACACCAACACCAUUUUUUUUUUUUUUUUUUAGGAGUCAUUCUCACGAUUAAUUAGGUAGCUUAAAAGAAGUUUAAACAUUUAAAAUGAAAAAGCCAUCUUUUUAAGAGAAAUUAUUUUGCCUACAGAACGGUUGUAGUUUGAGCAAAUGUUUAAUUUCUUUGUUUGUUUCCUGUUCAUAUUUUUUUUAAAAUAAGGGACAGCGUGCAUUUUUAUCAAUUUUGUGCUUGCCUGCUACAGAACGGGAACUUGCUUAGCAUCUUCUGGGGUUUGUGCUGUGGCUUUGUUUUUUGUAUGUUGGGCAUUUUUUAUGUAAAUUUGGGUUCACGCCCAGCUCUCUGGAUUUUAAUGACUUCAGCUGUUCUUAGUUAUCUACCUUUUUAAUCUUUUGUUGAAUCUUUCCCCUUUUGAGGGAUGCUGUUGGUAUUCCACACCUGUCCUUGGAGAUUUAAGUCAACACCAGAUUUCAUUGUCUCAUAAGGAAGAGGGGACUGCAGGACUAAGCUCAGAUAAUAUGGGAGACUCCUCCCAACCCCCUUGAAACUUGAAUACACAAAACAUAU